AUGUCUCCAAAGCUUGCCGCCUCGACGAAUUCGCUCAACCUGCCCCAUUCUGCAACCGCCUCCGAAUGCUCCACGCCGCUCACGCCUACCUUCUCGUUGCGCGGCCACUCAAGGUUCCCAAGCUCGACUUCUUCGCUAUCAUCCAGUCCGCCGCUCUUUGAGCACCCUGAUGUGGGCGCCUCCGCAACCAAGCUUCCGCAGUUAACGGAAGAGCCGGUCGACCAAGAAGCCGAGGCCGUCAUGCUUCACCCGGAACCACUCUCACCUUGCCUCUGCGACGUGGAAGUAUGCGCGCGCCACGGUCCUGCAGAUCAGCGAUCAACGGUCGUCCUGUCCUCGAGCCCAGAGUACGACUUCUCGGAUGGAUUCUUCGGCGCUGAGAACGACCUCUCCAGUCAACACAUGGCCAAGAAACGGAGGUCGGGGCUAUCCCCGUCAAACAGUAUUGCAACCAGAUUCGGCAACCGUUUCCCCUCGCUCUCCAAGCGAUGGUCCGAAAGGAAGAGGUCCUCCACAAUGAUCACGCAGGGUACACGAUCACCGACACCCUCGUUUGCACCUUCCAGCCGCUCAUCCUCCAUCACUGGCUCUCUCGCGCCUGCGAUUGACCAACUCGACGGACAAUGGUCUCCCUCCAGGACCAGCAGCUCUGAGCGGCAAGAAGACCAGCUACCUUCCUCGCCGAUUGAGAUGGUCGGAAAGGUCGAGGAGCCCAUUGACCGCGAUGCGCUAGCAUCUACACCCUUACUGCCCCCAGUCAUGGUCGACUUACGCGCCGCCCAAGAGGAGCCGGUACAAUCUCCAUUGCAGUCCCCAACCAUAGCUGGCUCCUGCUCGGCAACCCCAACACCUCAGAUACCAGGGAUGUCAACGCCUGCGCUGUCUGCAAAGCCAUCGAUGGCGUCAUUCAACGGGCACACAGUUGCGUCCGCGGAGUUUUCACCGAUCAUGAUUGCGGAUCCGGACGACAAGUGGUCGCACCAGCUGGGGCACGCAAACUUCACCAUCUACCCCGAGCCCUACUUACCCGAAAACUGCAACGCGGAAAGCUGUCACAAACUGUUUGCUGACUGGGAAGCUGCGCGCUUCAACUACACGAAGCACCAAGUGCGGACGGGCGAGCAUUACGGCGAGACGUCGAAAGCCUUCCAGCUGACGGAAAAGAAAUGGGAUGAGGUGGACGCUCAGUGGAAGAGAAACCAUGACCUGGCCGUUGCGAAGGCGGCUGAGAUGGGUCAGCGGCCCUCGGUUCCCGCGUCUGUGGAACCUGCGCCCAUCAUCAAGACGCCCGCCCUGCACGAUCCCAAGAGCGAGGGCAAAUUCCCCAAACUCGGCGACGAAGACAUCGUUGGCCCGAUGGUGCAACUCGCGUCGCAGAUUCAACCCCGGCCGUCCAAGAAGGCUGCCUUCAUCAGAUUCUUCAGCGACAUCAGGCAACCCGGCGCGCUCCUCGGACGAUCCGCGCUCGGUCUUCGCGCCCCCAAAAGGAGGUGA